CCCAUACAGACCGUACCUAUUUCAUGUACCCAAAGUGGAUUCAUCAAGGAAGAUGAAGUGGGUUCCGAAUCCCAAGCCCGGGAAACAGGGAACAAUCCUUCCCAUGCCUUUUUCCUUAUUGAGCUAAUAGCAUACGAAAUACUAGUAUAAAAUCGAUGGUUAAGAUUUCCCCACAUCUAGUGCUGAGGGGAAGGUUGACUUCUCCAAUAUUUUCCCCAAGUUUACCCCAGUUUGUCCUACCUACCUUCUCAGUGCCCGAAGGAGCGCGUCUUACGCCGAGUGCAAUCGGCCCGUUCAUCGAAGUUGCGAGGGCCUAACGAGCGAAGGAGCGGUGGGUGGCCUCGUGAGUCCGUCGACAGUCUAGCUUCUGAAAAUACAAUGGCUGGUCAGUUUUCUACCUGAGGGUGUUUCCCAUAAAUAGUUGGGUUCCGAGAGAAGUGCGGUUGUGGUACCAAAGAGCGACAUUUCACAGCGGAGAAUCAACAAAAGAUGAAGAGCCUUAGAUUCCUCGCGGCCAUAGGAAGCGCCCAGGCAGCAUGCAGCGAGACAUUCGACUACAUCAUCGCCGGCGCCGGCACGUGCGGCCUCGUGCUCGCGAACCGACUAUCAGUGGACCCUAAUAUCCGCGUAGCCGUGAUCGAGCCAGGCGAGGACGUGCGUAACAACGUGAAUGUGACGGAUCCGGCCCUGUUCACGAUACCGUUCGGUACAUCGAUAGACUGGCAAUAUUCGACAACGCCGCAGCAGGCAGCGGGGAACCGCACUAUUCCGUGGCACGCGGGCAAAGCCAUCGGCGGAACGAGCACAAUCAAUGGCAUGACGUACAUCCGCGGCGAUAAGGCGCAAUUCGACGCCUGGGAAGCCCUAGGCAACGAAGGAUGGAACUGGGACGCGCUGUACCCGUAUUUCAAGAAAGCCGAGCAGUUCACCGUGCCGAGCGCUGCGCAGACGGCUGCAGGGGCCACAUAUGAGCCCUCGGCGCACGGCGACGCGGGGUACGUGCACACGGGAUAUCCCUUCUCCCUGAUCAACGGGAGUUUCAACGCGCUCGCCGUGGACACAUGGGCGGCGCUGGGACAUCCGCUUAACGAGGACCCAAAUGCCGGGAGCGUGUACGGGUUCUCUGCUUGGCCGCAGACGCUGGACCGGGACCAGAAUAUCCGCUUCGACGCCGCGCGCGCGUAUUACUACGCUGUUGAGGACCGGCCGAAUUUGACGCUCAUCAAGGGCACGGUGAAGAAGAUCAUUUGGUCUGCGGAGGCUAGCGAGACUUCUGUUGCUGAGGGCGUGGAGUAUGUGGCGCCUGAUGGGACGCUUCGUAAAGCGACGGCUGCUAAAGAGGUGAUAUUGUCUGCUGGUGCGUUGCGAUCGCCUCUUAUUCUCGAGAGCUCUGGUGUUGGGAACCCAAAUCUUCUCAGCAGCCUUGGAAUCAAGACGCAGAUCGACCUCCCAGGCGUUGGAGAGUACCUUCAGGAACAACCUAACACGGCCAUCGGCUACACUUUCUCACAGAACAUCUCGGGAACAGCUCCGUACGCAACCUUCUCAACGGCGAAGGACAUGUUCGGCGACGAGGUCUCGAGUAUCGAGGCAACCACGUCAGCUCAGAUACCAGCCUGGGCGGAAAAAGUGGCAUCUGCCAGCAACGGCGGAGUCGACGUAGCAAAAGUCGAGAAGCUGUUUCGCAUCCAGCAUGAUCUUAUAUUCAAACAGAACGUGACUAUCGGGGAGACGUUGACGGCUAUAUACUCGGGAGCUGUCGUAUCUGCCUGGUGGCUUCUCCUUCCCUUCUCUUGGGGCAGCGUCCACUUGACAUCCGCUGAAGCCAUCAACGCUCCGGCCAUCGACCCUAGGUACUUCUCCGUAGACUUUGACCUCGAUGUACAGAUUGGUCUCGGCCGUAUUGCGCAGGAGUUCUGGCACACGAAGCCCAUAGGUGAGUUCCGGGGUGCAAGUGUGAUACCUGAGGAUGAGGGUGUCUUGCCGCUGAAUGCGACACGUGAGCAGUGGACAAGUUUUAUUUCGGAUACCUUGUCACCUAACCACCACCCCAUCGGAACAGCUUCCAUGAUGUCCCGCGAGCUUGGUGGCGUAGUGGACUCUAAGCUGAAGGUCUACGGCACGGAAAAUGUUAGGGUUGUGGAUGCGUCGGUGUUGCCCUUGCAGUUUAGUGGUCAUCUCACUGCUACGUUGUAUGCUGUGGCGGAGAGGGCUGCCGAACUGAUCAUGGAGACCGCCCAAAAUUAGACUUAAUAAGGCCCAUUGGAGCUACGGACUGUGGAUGUGGUGUAUAUUAUCCUCGACAUAUGUUUAAUGGGAUGGUGACUCAUUGGUAAAGGCUUUUGGUUUGGAUGUUGCUGCAGGCACAAGUAAAGCAGAGAGGUACUCACUUCACAGAUGAAUCUCUUGCCCACAACUUGUUGCAGUGAUGACCCCCUUGUAAUGUAUCAAAAUAUAUCACAUUGAGUUCAUAGAGGAACUGAAUAGCUAGGCUAUCUAUUAUUAGCCUCCA